AUGUCAUUCUAUGCCAAAAAAGUCACGCUCCAAGUGUUUCCUUCUCCUGCUUCCAACACAUUUCAGCAUGUGAGAAGAAAAUAGUAAAAUACCCUUUCUCCCAGUAGCAUAACCCUUAGAUUAGAUUUUAGCAUUGGGCGUAUGGGAUGAGUUUCUGCUCUUUUUCGGAGUUGAGAGUUCAGACCAACUAAGAAAAAAAAAAUCCCUUCCAUUAUUCAUUUCCUAAUUUGUUUUCAAACAAACAUUGGCGGUGAGUGGUUUUUUUGAGGGUUUCCGUUGUCGUUAUGCACAUCUGAAAUCAGGUUCCAACAAUGGCGGAAACAAGCUCAGCAAGGGUACAGAAAUUCUUCGAGGACCUGGAAUCCCACAAGGCUAUACUCACCACCUGCACCAACCUCUUCGCCGCCCUCUCACACCGCUUCACCUCCCUCGACACCUCCCUCCACCAAAAAUCCCAAUCCCUCGAUUCCAAGCUCCAAUCUCUCCAAUCCCGCUCCCACCAAACCCUCGAAGAACUACGCCACCGUGACUCCUCCAUCCCCGAGCGCGAGUCCGCCGCCGCUGCCCUAAUCCGUGACCAGACCGACGCCGCCCUCUCCGACCUCCGCAAGCCCCUCCCCGCCAACCCCGACCUCUCCACCACCCUCAAAUGCCUCUCUCGCAAGAUGGACUCCUCCGCCCUCCUCCGCUUCAUCGUCUCCAAGCGCAAGGAAUCCGCAUCCCUCAGGGCGGAGAUAUCCGCCUCCAUAUCCGAGGCCGUGGACCCCCCAAGGCUGGUCCUCGACGCCGUCGAAGAAUUCCUGAAUUGCAAGCUGGCUAAGUCUGGCGUCACCGAUAAGAGAUGGGCCUGCGGGAUCCUGAUUCAGGCUCUGUUUCCGGAAUCUGGUGCCGGAGCAAAGCGUCCGGAGUUUUCUCGGCGGAUUGUGGAGAGGGCGGUGCGGCUGGUGGAGCUGUGGAAGAGGCAGAUGGACGAGGAAUCGGAGAAUGGAACUGUUGGUGCUGCGGAGGUGGUGAUGUUUCUGCAGAUGGUGGUGUGUUUUGGACUGAGGUCUAUGUUCGAUGAUGACUAUUUGAGGAAGUUCGUUAUGGAGUUUGCGUCCAGAAGGGACAUGGCUAAGCUUGCUGCCAUGUUGGAAUUCGGUGAUAAGAUGAUAGAUAUAAUAGAUGAACUAGUAAAAAAUGGCAAAGAGGUAGAAGCUGUUUAUUUUGCUUCAGAAUCUGGUUUGACUGAAAGGUUUCCUCCAGUCGACCUGCUCAAGUCCUGUCUUCGGAACUACAAGAAGAAUGCUGCUAUAACGUCGAAGAAGGGAAAUAACAAUCAGGCUGCUACGGAUGAUUCAACCACUUUGGAGUUGAAUACAAUUAAGGCCAUAAUCAAAUGCGUAGAAGAUCACAAGCUGGAAUCAGAAUUCAACCUCGAUAAUUUGAGGAAGCGGGUUACACAGUUGGAGAAAACAAAGGCUGAAAGGAAGAAGAGUGCAACAGCUGGUAAACCUAAGAAGCGCAGCAUCCGUGCUGGAGGAGCGGGUUCUUCCCGUCCAUCCAAAUCAGCCAAAUUCCAUCCGCAUCCAUCCUCGUCUUCCAGUCGCAGGAACCUGGCACCUUCUCUGCAGCCUAGUCCCAAUGCCAGAUUUUCAAGCGCAUUCAACUAUCCCAGUCAGACUGUAUAUGAUGCCUCAGCUACUGCUAAUCCUUAUGCUGCAACCUAUGGAGCUGCCCACACUCAAAGCCCUGCUGGGAUGACCCAACAGCAUUACUCACUCCCUGUUGACAAUUUGGGUCCACCCGGCUACCGAUCCAGCACUGCUUAUGUAGGACAGUCUAGCUACGGCAUGUAUGAUUAUGGAAAUGCCACUCUAUCCACUUAUCAACCUCCAUACACAGUGGAUCAAUCUAGCUACAGGGGAUGAGUUUUCGUUGCUUCCUCCUGCUCUUGAAUCUUGUCGUCAGUUCCUUAGAAAAUGGAGAAAAAAGCAGCUGCCUUUUUUCGCCUCUUAAUUUUUCCGUUUCCUUUUGGGAAUUUAGGUUGUAAUUGGUAAUCACAGAGCAAUUAAGUCAAGGUAGGUUCCUCACCAUUCCUUUAUCUUUUCCUACUAUUUUUAUACUAUCUACUGGUCCUUGCCGUUUUGAAUGCAUGGCGGAAGUAGCUUCUGAAAACAUGAGUAAAAAGGUUACUUGUGCUUUUAAUCUUUAAUCACAAUGGCAUGCCUUUUCA